UGCCCAGGCUGCUUUAGGGCGAGCGUGAAGGAAAUUUCUGAGAAACUGACGUUGGUUGACACGGGCGUAAGAACUAUACCUCGCGGAACGCCCCAUUUUUUCGCACCGAAAGAGACGCCCCAGCAGGAGCUGGUCAACGACGUGCUCCUAGCUCCGUGGUCAGUCUGCGCGGACACAUGUCCCUACAUGGUGGCCGUGCAGCUGUCCCUUGCCCACAUGGCCAAAGAACGGAACCUCGUUCGGGCAACAUGGGCAAGCGUGGCGAAAACUCACGUGUGGCCACACUCCCAAGUCAAUGCAGAUUUUAAAAUCAUUUUCGUCAUAGCCCGGGAGAUCUCCAAUAGGACGACAAGCGAAGGGCCCCCGGGCGGUAGGACUAAAAAUUUCCAUCAAGAUGGCACGCCAGAACAUCCGGCUGUUGGUUCAUCCAAACGUACCCCGUCAUUGUGGAGUCUAGUGAAGGCUGAGGCUGAUAAAUUUGGUGACAUCCUCUUUCUGGGUAUGGACGAUUCUUAUUACAAUUUGACCUUAAAGGUGUUGUCUGGUUUUCUGUGGGUGUCCAACUACUGCAGGGGGUCAAAGUUUAUCCUCAAAGUUGACACGGACACGUUCGUCCACCUAGCUCUGUUGAUCGACCUGCUCAUUCACAACGAACAUCGUCUGAACUACUCGAUAGUGGGUCAUGUUUAUGAACGGGCCAACGUGGUCAUGCGUUCUGACCGCUGGGCGGUCGGUCAAGAUGUUUAUCCCAUCGCCAUGUAUCCCGCUUACACAGCUGGUAAGUACAUCCAUGGGUUCAUUUUUGGUAAGUAUAUUUAUGGGAUCGUUGCUGAUAAGUGCAUUAGUGGGGUCGGUGCUGGUACGUACAUUGAUGGUGUCUUUGUUGGUAAGUACAUCCAUGCAGUCGGAGCGGGACAUUUGUUUAAUUUAACGACAUCUAUACCUCCCUUUUCUGAUCAUCUCUUUUCUGACCAUCUCUUUUCUGACCAUCUCUUGCUGACCGUCUCUUUGCUGACCAUCUCUCUGCUGACCACAUCUUUUCUGAUCAUCUCUUGUUGACCGUCUCUUAGCUGACCAUGUCUUUUCCGACCAUCUCUUUUUAACCAUCUCUUUGCUGACAAUCUCUUUGCUGACCAUUUAUUUUAUGACCAUCUCUUUACUGACCAUCUCUUUGCUGAUCAUCUCUUCGCUAACCAUCUCUUUUCUGACCACCUCUUUGCUGACCGUUUGUUUGCUGACAGUUUCAUUGGAGAAACUGUUGCACUGACCCGAGAGUUGCAAAGUCAGCUAUUUCAUUUUUUUCCCCUAAACUUCUGUUUAAAUAUUACAAAACCCUAAUGGGUACGAUUUCAGCUUGUUGUAUCUGGUGGCGUGUCCCUUAUUAUCAGAUAGGUCGGCGUUGUGGCGCAACUGAGGAUGUCAAAACGAUAUUCCAACGAUUCUCAAAAUGGAGCACCCAUGUUACUGACUCUUCAUUUUCAUGAACUUCAUUUACCCUUAAUUAUUGUUGAUUGAAAAAUGAAAUUAUUGAAAUCUAAUUUCAGGAUGUGCCUACAUCGUCUCAAUGAACGCGCUAAAUAUGAUCGUUGCCCUGGCACCCUAUGUGCCCAUGUUGCCCAUAGAGGACGCUCACGUGACCGGAAUCAUGGCGCACGAGGUCAAGGCCGAGCUGUACACCCACCGGGAGCUGUUCACUUACUUCGAGGACGACUCGUGGCAGCGCUGUGACGUGCUGUGGGACGCCAAGGUCGUGGGGACCCUCUCGGGCGGG